AUGCGCAAAAAACUUUCCGAGGAGGAAGAGUGGCUUUUGUUUUCCGACGCAAAUGGCAAGAUGUUUCUGCAGUUGAUAAGAGAAGCAUUCAUAGAAGAUGCACCGGGCCCUUCUUUAGUCUCGCAGCUGCAUUCUCUGCGGCCCAUCAUCUUUGAAAGGGUGAGGUGUCUCUAUAAAAGAGCAGUGGGCAUUCUGGAAGAGGGAGCACUCCUUCUUCUCCUCAUAGCUCUGCGAGAAAGGGAGUGUGCUGAAAGAGAAAUUCUUCUCUGCAAAAACAUAGAGCAGAUGGGAAAGGAUGAGCCCUCUUUUGUAUACGAAUGCAUUUUGGAAGAAAGAAAAAAGCUGCCGUCUGAGGGAUGGGUGUACUAUGCAGUGAAAGAUAUUGCUGGAAAUAGGGCAAAAGAAGCAAAGAGAGCGUCAAAACUACUGCGCUCUGCGCUGUGGGAGGACAUAAAAGAAUUCGGUCCUUUUUGGAACAGCAUGUUCGGGUACGAAUUUACUCCAGCUCUCUGA